AUGCUCACCCGUUUCAUCGCCUGCGUCAUCUUCAUUCUCGCCCACAUCUCUUCGACGCUUGCAUUUUCUGACUUGACCAAGAGUGGUCAUGCUCGAUCACACUGUUUAGUUCCUGCCGGAAACUCUACCGAAAUUGACGAUGUCCCCGCCAUUCUCCAGGCUCUGCGAAAAUGCGGGAACGGCGGGCGCGUGAUUUUUGGCAAUACCACGUAUCAUAUCAACUCGGUAAUGAACACGACUUGGCUCGAUGACGUUGAAAUUGAUAUAAAAGGCACCCUUCUUUGGAGCACCAAUAUCACCUACUGGCUUAACAAUUCCUUAGAUGUUGGCUACCAGAACCAGUCGACAGCCUGGAUUCUCGGUGGUCAAGACAUUAUUGUCGAUGGCCACGGAUACGGCACGUUCAACGGUAGUGGACCUGUGUGGUAUAGUUACACCUCUGGGGUGUCGAAUUAUCCUCGUCGGCCGCAUCAACUUACGGUCACGGCGAGAGAUUCGGUAUUCAGUGGGUUGAGAUUCGUGCAGAGCCAGAUGUGGACUCUGUCCAUCAUCCACUCCGAAAACUUGUUAUUUGAUUCUAUUUACGUUAACAAUUUAAAUAACAAUGGUGGAUCCUCAAGAAAUACCGACGGAGCAAACACAAUUCAAAGUCGAAAAAUUACUUUUACUAACUGGUUGGUUGUCAACGGCGACGAUAGUAUCAGCCUCAAAGGCAACUCAACGGAUAUUACUAUCACUGACUCUAUCUUCUCCACUGGAUUGGGCAUUGCGAUCGGCAGCAUUGGGCAAUACAAAGAUGUCUUCGAGACAGUGGAGAACGUUCUUAUUUCAAAUUGCACGUACACAAAAACCACUCAUGCAGUGUAUAUCAAGACCUGGACGGGUGAUCAGGUCGGCUAUCCACCAAAUGGAGGAGGUGGGGGUCUUGGAUACGCCUCCGACAUCACAGCUACUGACCUAACUGUCGUCAACCUCAAAGGUGUCCCGUUCACCAUUUCCCAGUGUACCACCUUCUCGAGCGCCUCUGGUAACUGCACGAACUCAAAGUUCCAGAUCAAAAACAUGGACAUCAGUGGGAUUUCGGGUACGCUAUCAUCAGCGGAUGUAGCAAGUUUUCAGUGUAGCGCGAUUUCUCCGUGCGAGAAUAUCACGAUCACGGAUGUCAGUUUACGUAUCACGGGAACCACGACCAUGGCUGAUGAUUAUCUGUGCGGCAAUGUUGAGGGAGCUUUGGGCUUUAAUUGCACAGGCGAGGUUUGUGUUGGCUCGAGUGCUACAGGAGGUUGUUGA